GCACAAAAUUACAAAACAAAAUCGUCACAUCGUACCCGUUACUCUUGGUUGCCAAUAUUCUUGAUAACCGAGAUACCAACUGCUGCUUUUACAUGUGUGCUCCGUUGUUCGUUUAAAUGGAGUAAUACCGCUCAGAAUAGUGCACGUGGUUUGAAGAAACGAACGCGCAUGCGCGCGUAUUUUCUGCGGACAAUAAAGUGCAUCUUAUCGUCCUAGGACAAUAAAGUACCCCUUCGACAAGAAUGAGCUAUUUCGCUGCUCAAAACCACGCACAGAAAUUGAGGGAAACAUACUUAUGAAUGCUGAGAAGAAAAUGUAUCUUCUAGUCCCCAUCCUCUUGAAUUGCCUUCACGUUCUGCGCGUCGUGGUCGGCCAAGAACUUUCAGUCACACGACAUGUGGAUGGUGAUAUUUUCACCAUUGAAGGUUCUUGCGAAAAGGCGUGUGCUGUUCUUAGUAGUGGAACAGCAAGUCCCUUUUUUCGCAAUCCUGCCACUGCUGGACUUUAUAUUCCUGACGACUCCUGCACUUGCCAGUGCAAUGUUGAAGUUCCGGUAUUUCGAGAGGAUCUUCACAUCUGCGUGAAUGAUAUUCACGAAGUGCACCAAUUCUGAUUGCCCACACAAAGAAACGUUUUUAUAAAACAUCAAU